AUGCUUUGUCAAUAUUUUGCAGCUACUCGUGUCUUUAAGCAGAUAAAUAAAAAUAUUCUCUAUCGCUCCUUUGUGAGCACACCCACCUUUCAGUUUCAGGAGAAAGAUAAACUUCACAAAGGCAAUUGCUAUUGCCCAAUUCCUGAUCGCAGCCUGAUCGAACUUGAAGGAACAGACACAGCAAAAUUUCUGCAAGGAAUGAUCACAAACCAUAUGCCGAAAAUAUCGCCAGGAGGUGACGGAUUUUUUACUGCCUUCUUGACACCUCAAGGACGUAUGCUCUAUGACGCGUUUAUCUAUCCUGUCAAUGUCGGUGUCAAUUUCCCUCACCCAAAGUUUAUAGUCGAUAUUCCUACAGCUUCCAAGGACAUGUUUGUACGUCACUUGAAACGAUACAUUCUACGAUCCAAAGUAAAAAUAAGAGAUUGUUCAGACGAGUAUAAGCUGUGGCAUAUCUGGGGUGAUGCAUUAAACCAUGAACACCGUGUGAAUCCGACACUGAUCAAGAAAGAAAAAAGAUUAUCAGAUGUUGGAUGCCAUGAUCCUCGUGUACCAGGCUUUGGUUAUAGAGCCGCGCUACCUACAGAUCAAAGCAUUCAUCACUCAUUACAUGAAUUGGGUGAAUUUAAAGAAUUAGAAAGUAAAGAAUAUAUAAUACGCCGUAUGUUACAUGGAAUACCCGAAGGAACGGAUGAUUUAUGGCCCGAGUCUUCUUUACCUCUUGAGUCCAAUUUGGACUACAUGAACGGAGUUGAUUUCCGUAAAGGCUGUUAUAUUGGACAAGAACUGACAAUUCGUACUUACCAUACAGGUAUCAUUCGUAAGCGAAUUGUUCCUGUUCAAAUUUAUAGAAAGGGUGAAAGUGCGCCAAGAAUACAAGCAGUAGAUCGUACAUUUGAAUAUCCAUCAGAUACUCUUCAGCCACAAAAGGACAUCAAGCUAGCUGAUGGAUCAUCGAAAAGAGGUGUAGGCAAGGUGUGUUCUGGCAUUCAUAAUAUCGGAUUAGCCUUGAUGAGAUUAGAACAUGUUCAAAAUUUUGCUCAAGGAGAGGAUGUCGCCUUUACUGUUGAUAAUGAUAUCUAUCUUGCGCCAUUUUUACCAGAGUGGUGGUCGGAGAAUCAAAUUCAGUAA